AUGUCUCUGGUGCCUGUGACUUCGUCCCUCGGCUCCACCCGAGCUCCCUUGCCGCACAAGCCGAUCGCGCGAAGCGUCGCAGGAGCCACGACCAGAUGGCAUCCGUGCAUCACCAGUUCCUUGGCGGUGGCGUUCCUGACCUGCGCCCACCCCCGACGCCGGCAGCGGGUGAAAGCUGCAGGAAGCGACGCAGAGCUGCCAGAGGCGGAGGCUGCACCCGCCAAGGAGAAGUUUGGCUUUUUGGGCAAGCUGCGCAAGAAGCUGCCCAAGAAGCCAAGCGCGGAGGAGAUGAAGAAGUACGGCGCGGGAAUGGUCUUCAGCUACUCCUUCGUGGGGUCUCUGAACAUGUGCAUGAUGGUCGCUCUGAGCUGGCCGCUCUUCAUCAUGAGGACGGGCAACAGCCCGAUCCUCUUCUCACCGCUCAAGCUGAAGCCCCAGUACAUGGUGUACCUCACGGCGGUCUAUUUCAGCUAUGGCAGCUGCACCACUCCGUUUCUGCUCGCCUUUGCGCUGCUCCUCGCCCCGUUCUUCUCCAAGCUUCUCACAGGAUUUCAAAAACGCCUGGGCUGCCCCAAGUGGCUGGCAUUCAUCAUCAUGGGCUUCUUGAUGGCCGCUUGCUACCUGCUGGCGCUUCCUUUGCUGAUCGCCUUGACAUGCGCAGCCUUUCGGCAACCUGUGUGGAAGUGA